AUGGGGUCGUUAGCAUUCGCGGUCAUCACUCGAGCCGAGGCUUCGAACAGAUCCGAACCUGGAGGCUCGGCAGCGGACCUCGCUGCUUUGGAGGAGGGCGAGCCUUGGCUCGGCGCCGUGGUCUACCGUCGUAGCGCGGCUCGUCAGGAAUUCGUUUUCGUUACCUCCUUGGAGCGCCUCGCGCUUCCGCAUCUCUCCUCCCCGGCGUCCCGCGCGCAGGCCGCGGAUACACUGAUGGCGGAGAUCCCGCAAGACGAGCGCAUGGGGGCCGAUGGAGAAGGGGAGGCGGAGGGUACAGCUGUGGUGGUGCGCAUGCGUUCUUCAAAAGAGGGUCGCGAUAUAAGGCUGGAUGGCACUGCGCAGACGGUGUUCGCCAUGCAGUGCCACAGGUGCUUAUGCCCUGUUACCGAGCCCAUCUAUAGCGAUUUCAGCCUGCUACUCUCCGCGUCGCCCCUCCACGAGCCCACGAAGCGCAGCCUGGGGGUCAUCCUCGACGCCCCCUCCUCCAGCUUCAACUCGCUCCCUGCAGACUAUGACGAUGGCGAUGAGGGCGACAUGUUGGACUUAGACCUAGACGAUAAGCUCUACUUCCCCCCAGACCAGCGGAUUAUAGACGUCUCGAAGUACGUGCGCGACACGGUGCACCUGGAGAUCCCUCUCAAGGGGGGGAAGGCGGGGGGCAAGGGGUCGUUGAAAGAGCAGCUGGAGCAGCUGUACAGGCGCGAAGACGUUGGGGGUGUUGACGGCGGUGGUGAUGAGCAGCAGGGGAGAUGA